AUGAGAUUCGGGUUGGGAACCUGGGGGGGGCUCUCCUCUUCUUGCGCUUGUAAUGAUUUCCUUGCUUUCCAGACAACGUUGUGUAACACGGCUCUGGACAACCCAUCCCAGCGAAGCAAAGAGCAGCUCAUCAGGGCAGCUGUGAAGUUCUUGGAGACAGACACCAUCUGCUACCGGGUGGAGGAGCCGCCGGCGUUGGUGGAAUUGCAGAAGAAUGAAUGGGAUCCCGUCAUUAUGUGGGCGGAGAAAAGGUACGACGUAGUCAUCGGCUCUUCAACGAGCAUCUUGGGUCCCACCAUCCCACAAAGUACAAAAGACACCUUCGUCAGUCACUUGGCAUCAUACAACACCUGGGCUUUGCACGGCAUUGAAUACGUGAUCACCCAGCUGAAGUCGCUGAUUCUCUCCAUGGGCCUCCUGGAUAAACAGCUGACGGUGGAGCAAGCUGUCCUGCUGUCCCGCCUCGAGGAAGAAUACCAGAUCCGGCGCUGGGGGAGCGUGGAGUGGGCCCACGACUACGACGCCUACGAGCUGCGCGCCCGCACGGCCGCCGCCACCCUGUUUGUUCACCUGUGCUCGGAGAGUUCCACCGUCAAGCACAAGCUGAUGCAGGACUGAGGCGGGGGUGGGGGGGAGAGGCGGA